AUGAUUAUGAUUAUGAUUAUGGUUACGGUUACAGUUACAUUUACAGCUAGGGUCACGGUUAUGACUAUAGAUUGGUAUUUUGGAUUUUUAUUUUUCUCACACAUCCUUGUAAAUUUACAAAGCUCGUUCGAUUAUUUUGAGUUAAUUGUUACAAGACCAAUAUAUAAGAUCUUCUUUAUCAUUGAGUACAACAUUCUCCGUCUCUGGAAAUCUGCCUUUAAAGAACAAAAAUUAACCAUGACUUCUCCGAUGAAAAGAGUGUGCGACCCAAAACGCGCUGCACAAUUGCCUACAGCUGCAUGA